AUGCCACCGGAUGCAAGGCCCGGCAAGCUCGACCUCGAGCUCGCUACCGUCACCCCUCCUCCAUCAUCAACCGUGAUAUCCCUGCCCGACUUGCCCGAGGACGUCUUCCUCUUGGUCGUCACCAAUCUCUCUGCCUGGGAUGUCUUGUCGUGCCAGCGCGUCUCGAAAUCAUGGCGCGCCGCAUUCUCCAGCGACGAUCAUGUCAGGUUCGUGCUGCAGUCCUACCCGCGCGCCAGGGAAGUCCGCGCUCUCCCUCCCGGCACCCUCCAUUUGCACUCUUCUUGCCAACAGCAACAGACCUCGCUGGACUGGAAAGCUCUUCUUGCCGCCGUGGCCUCGCGCUACCACAGUCUCGCCCGUGGCACGGCCAGACUCGUCAACAGAUAUCCCAUGGCUCCGGUUGAACAAUUAGGCGACUGGUUUCCUGUCGGCCAAUGGGACUAUCAUGAAAGCCAGCCAGGAGGUCGUCUAUACUACGAGACCGCCGCCAGCCAUCUGAGUCGCAUUGGCACCAAGCCGUACCUAUUUCGGCCGACCUUGUGGUCCUAUGACGACGGCCUUCUGGUAUAUGCCCCCGCCGAGUGCAACGACGAUGGUUAUUUCCCGCAGAUCCUGGCUCUGCUGGACGUCGAGACGGGUCACAAGUAUGCCAUUCCAUUCGACAUUCGAGCCAAGAUCGUCCGCAAUCUGCGCCUCAAAGACCGGACCUUGAUCGUGGAAUGGGCCGAGAAGGACCCUUUCCACAACCUCAAUGCCAUGGAACAGGUCAACCGGCAUUUCGCAAACUGCUUCGACGUUAUCCAACAACAGGACAAGUCCUGGAAGGUGACGUGGCGCUCAGAAUGGAAAAUGCAUUUCCUCGGCUUGCCGCCCAACUACCACGACCGCUUCUUCUCGACGCACAAUGCCAUCCAUUACGCCGUGUAUUUCUGGCAGCCCAAUCGGAGCAUGUACACGGGCGACGAAGAGCUUCCCAUCGAGUCGCUAUCGGUCUGGGACAUUUCGGCGCCCUCGUCGUAUCGACCUUCGACAGACCCGUCGGGAAAAUUCCGCCCCCCCGAGAAAGCUGGUCCGUAUAUUGUCUCGAGGUUCUCCUUCACACAGAUGGAUCUCUUUGGCAUACGCCAGCGCGCCAGUGUCGCGUUGAUGUCUCUCCACCUGGACUCGGAAACCUUAUCGUUGACGGUCCGCGAAAACGUGGGCGUGGCCGGCCAGGGUUAUUUUGACCCGGCGGAGCGCCUGUGGUGUGCAAAGACGACGACGUUUCCUUUCCUCGGCCAAGGACCACGCUUGUUCCGCGAAUGGGACGGCAAUCUCCCUCCUUACCGCGGGCAUUGCAGCAUGGAGACGGCCGACGUGGAAGAGAGCGAGCGCUGGUUCCUGCCGGUCAUGGACGUCGUAGACGCCGAGGCAGGCGUCCGAUUGAGCCUGGUCGAGACGUGCUUCUCGGGCCAGAGCGUGGAAAACAGACUGGUCGUGCGGCUCAAGGUCGAAGCCGCCAACGACAAAGAUUCUGUCCUGCACGGCGACGAAGAAGCUUCUGCCGCUACGGGCCCCGUCUGGGCCACCCUCGACGACGACUUGACUAAGGAAGUCUCCUUCAUGGGCCGCAUCGCGGGCGACGAGCGAUGGCUGAUAGGCCAGAACGAACGCAUGGAGCUUGUGGUCUUGAAAUUCUAG